AUGGCUCUUCGCACAUCCCUAUCCCGUCCAGUUCCUCUACUCGCAACCCUAACAGCCAGCGCAAUCGGAGUCAGCAUCAUUUCCAAAAUGAUGUUUAGCACAGCGUCUGCAGAGUCACCUUCUCCUCAAAAGAUCUUUAGCGGCGCAUUUUCUUCGGUCAAGUUGCCGUUGCAUAGUUUCGAGUAUGAGUCUCACGAUACAAAAAGGCUGCGGUUCAAGCUGCCGCAGGAAACUGCCGUCACUGGACUUCCAUUAGCGUCGCCUUUGUUGACGAUUACUUGGCCUGAGGGAUCAUACUUACCCAAACCUCGGCCUUAUACCCCAAUCUCACCACCAGAUGAACCAGGGUACAUGGACCUCCUAGUCAAGAAAUACCCCAAAGGCCAAGGCAGCACCUAUCUCCACUCCCUCCAACCAGGCGACACACUCUCCUUCACAUCCCUCCCCCUAAAACCAGCAUGGAAGACCAACAACUUCCCUCACAUAACCCUCAUAGCAGGCGGCAGCGGCAUAACACCGCUCUUCAAUCUCGCCCAGGGCAUUCUUCGCGACCCUGCAGAAAAGACUCGCAUGACGUUCAUCUUUGGAGCGAGGUCCGAUGAGGAUGUUUUGCUAAAGAAGGAGCUUGAUGGCUUCGCGAAAGAGUUUCCUGAGAGGUUUCAGGUUAAGUAUACUCUUAGUGACCCUAAACAAGGGUCGGAGUUGAGGAAAGGAAGGGUUGAUAAGGCGUUGUUGGAAGAGGUGCUUGGGGGUGUGGGGAGGGAUACAAAGGUUUUUGUUUGUGGGCCUAAGGAGAUGGAGAAGGCACUUGUUGGAGGAGGGGGAGCUUUGAAAGAGAUUGGGUUUGAGAAGAGUCAGAUCCAUACGUUUUAA